AUGGGGCCAACAUGGCUAAGGCUUCUGUUGAUAAGUGUGUUGGCUUUAGAAGGUGCAGUGUGGAGCGAUGGAUGUUGGGAUGAAGAGCGUGUUGCACUCUUGCAACUCCAGCAAUUCUUGACUGAUAUAGAGUAUUCACUCGAGGGUCCAGAUUGUUGUGAAUGGAAAUGGGUUGAGUGCAACAUCACCACUCGACGAGUAACUCAACUCUCUUCUCUAUGGGGUCGUUUGAAGAUUAAGGAUUCUAAUCUCUUUAAUGUCUCGAUGUUUCUUCCCUUUGAAGAAUUGAGGAGCCUUGAUCUCUAUGGUAAUAACCUAGUUGGAUAUGUUGACAAUGAAGGUUUUGGAAAGCUAUCCAAGUUGAGACAUCUAGAGAUUCUUGACUUAAGUAACAAUAGACUAAAUGAUAGCACUUUAUCAUCAUUGACACCAUUGGAGUGGCUAUCAAAACUUGGUAGUUUUGAAAGUCUUGAUUUAACUGCAACCAAUAUGAAGAACAACUUCCUGUUACAUUUGGGUGGCCUUUCAUCUUUAACAACUUUAAUUCUUCAGCAAAAUGAUUUAGAAGGAACAAUUCAUCUUCAAGACUUGUAUAACUUGACAAAUUUGAAGAAGCUGGAUUUAAGUUAUAAUAGAAUUGAGAGCAUACAUGGUAAUGGAAGACAACUGAGUUUGAUCAAUUUAGAAGAAAUUGAUUUGACUAGUAAUCUGUUCAACAACAGUAUAAUGGAAGAGUUAAGUGGGUUUUCAAAUCUGAAGACUUUGAAUAUGAGAUUGAAUCGACUGAAUGGGUUAGUAGAUCUUAAAGAAUUUUGUGCUCUGAGCAAUUUAGAGACUCUAGACUUAAGCUCCAAUCAGGUGAAUCGAUUUGUGACUUCUAAAGGGAAUAGAUGCUUGAAAAAGCUAAAGAUUCUACAUAUGGAUUCUGUACAAAUCAUUUCUCUUGUAUCACUCCUACAACCAUUUUCAUCCGUUAAUACCCUGUUCUUAAGAGAGAAUUCUUUUUUAGACAAAACCAUAGUUACACAAGAGUUGCAUGUGUUGAGUAAUGUGGAGAACCUAAUCCUGGAUUAUACUCCAUUGGACAUCAACUUUUUGCAAAGCAUAAGCAUCUUGACUUCUCUCAAAACCUUGUCUUUGUUUGGCUGUGCUCUAUUUGGCAUUUUACCUACUCAUCAAGGUUUAUGUUAUCUAAACAAUCUCGAGGAAUUGAGUCUCAAUGGAAAUGCUCUAGGUGGUGCAGUUGCUCCAUGUUUGGGCAACUUGACAUCUCUUCGCUAUUUGGAUAUAUCUAACAAUCACUUCACUGGAAAUAUUGCCUCCACUCCCCUCGUUAAUCUCACCACGCUUCAAUUCCUUUCCCUUUCAAAUAAUCAACUUCAAGUUCCAAUGUCAUUCAGGUCUUUUGCUAAUCACUCCGAUCUUAAAGUCCUUUUAGCCGAUCAAAACAAUAUGUUCGCAGAGCCAACUGCUUUCCAAACAUGGUGGCCAAAAUUUCAACUUAAGAUAUUCAGCAUGUCAAAUUGUAUGAUAGAAGAACAUGAGAACCUACAACUUCCUAAUUUCCUAUAUUUCCAACAUGAUUUGAGAGACGUUGAUCUUUCUUAUUGCGAUUUUGGCGGAAUAAGGUUCCCAAAUUGGUUGCUGGAGAAUAAUACACGAUUGGAACAACUUUACAUGAUAGAUACGUCAAUUGUGGGUCCUUUGUUCUUACCAUCACAUCCUAGUUUCAAUCUGAAGGUAUUUGAUAUAUCCAAUAAUAAAGUACAUCAUGAUAUUCCAAGGAAUUUUUGCUCACUUUUUCCACAUUUGGAAGGAUUGUUCAUGUCGAAAAAUGACUUCAAAACUGAUAUUCCUCCAUGUUUGGGUGGUUUGAGAAGAUUACAAAUGUUAGACUUGUCCCAUAAUGAUUUGUCUGGAGAAAUACCUGAAGAGUUGCGCAUGAGCAGCUCUUUAGCUAAUCUUCUACUUUCAAAUAACAGUUUGAGUGGCAAAAUAAUUCCCACAGUUUAUCAUUUAAUUAUUUUGUUGGAGGAAUUACGUUUGGAUGGUAACAAGUUUGAGGGAGAGAUUUCUUACUUUUCACCCAUUAGCAUUAAAAAUCUCCAAGUGUUAGAUGUAAGUGAUAAUGAAAUCUCUGGUGAGCUUCCAACAUGGUUAUGGGAUACAAUAUCUUUGAAAAUACUGGAUUUCUCCAAAAACAAUUUUGAGGGUCCCAUUACCAUGCAAUUAUGCAAUUUGAUAAAUCUGGAGUUUCUAGAUCUUUCUUCAAAUCAUUUGUCUGGUACUAUUCCAUCUUGCUCUAAUCUACAAAGGAUGAGGCAUCUGCAUCUGGCCAACAAUAGACUUAGUGGAGCACUGUCAAAUGCCAUUUUUACAAGCUCUUCAUUGGUUACGUUCGAUUUUAGUGGAAACAAUUUUACCGGAAGAAUUCCAAAUUGGAUUAGCACGCUGCCGACUUUGAGCGUCCUUCUCCUAAAAGAAAAUCAAUUUGAUGGUGAAUUUCCUCUACAGUUAUGCAAACUACAGUCAUUAAGCAUCUUGGACUUUUCACGCAAUAAACUUUCUGGUCAUCUACCUUCCUGUUUGAGUAAUUUAACUCUCAAGCCAAAUGAAAAGUCCUACGUUGAUUCUGGUGGUUAUGUGUUUGAUUUUUUUGAUGACGUAAUGGUAGAUAUGGGACUAACCAUAUACAAUCUCACAGGCUUGGUGAGUGUAUAUAGAGGUUAUCCUUUUACCUACCAUGAAGAAGAGGUACCAUUCUCAACAAAGGGUGCAACAUACACUUACAAGGGAAAUAUUCUUGACCUGUUGUCGGCAAUUGAUCUCUCUUGCAACCAACUCACAGGAAUAAUCCUGCCUGGAUUUGGGAAUUUGAGUGAAAUUAGAGGACUAAACUUGUCGCACAAUAACUUAACUGGACCUAUCCCCUCAACUUUUUCAAAACUCAAGCAGAUUGAGAGUUUGGACCUUUCUUACAACAACUUAAGUGGUAGGAUCCCCUCUGAACUAACUGAGAUGACCGCUUUGGAGGUAUUUUCCGUCGCACACAACAACUUGUCAGGGCCUCUCCCCGAUAGGAAAAAUCAAUUUGGGACAUUCGAUGAGAGCAACUACGAGGGAAACCCUCUUCUUUGUGGACCUCCAUUGAACAAGAGUUGUAAUGGAGGUGAUUCACCAACAGCUCCAAAUGCUACAUCUAGUGAAGAAGAACAUGGUCAUAUAGACAUGGUUGAUUUUUUUAUAAGCUUUGCAACUUCCUAUGCAAUUAUAUUUUUGACAACUGUUCUUGUACUCCACAUAAACCCAUACUGGAGACGAGCAUGUUUUUAUUUCAUUGAAGAUCGUAGCAUCGUUUGCUAUUUCUUCAUUGUGGAUAGUCUUCGUCUGUUGCCUUGCUUCAGGAGAAACAUCUAG